AUGUCACAGAAGCUGCAGAAGGAUGAUAGCAAUGAAAGGCCAUUCUCAAGGCGAAUCAGCAGCUACAACUUUCACAGAAUUCAUAGUUUCAAGGACCUCACCGCACUCAGAAAAAGCUCGGAUUCAAACCCGGGUUCUCGUAAAUCUAGCUCAGCCGAUCUCCUAGAGUUAGCAAAAAGAUCGGAAGGAUGGAAACCCGAAACUGUGGAAGAGGACUGGCAAGAAGCUAGUGAGUAUAGUGAAGCAGGGUUGUUCAAGCCAUUGAUCAAAGCACUCAAUAAGCACGGCUAUGAGGGAGCAAUCGUUACUUACCGGAGAAAAGAAGCUGAUCUAACAGCAGGCAUAAAAGUGGAGCACUGGAAAAGAACCGUACGCAUUAUAGGCAAGGAGUGGCAAAGUCUAGAAGAUGUUCUGAGACUGGUGCAACUCGAGAUGGACUUCGUCUACCUAGAUCCACAAAAGCAUUUGAGCGGAGGAGCCAUUGAACUCUACACUUGGUUAUUAAAGCCCGAAUUUGGGCAAAGCUCCCAAGAGAUAUUCGAGUUUAGCAACGAAGACUUGAAGGACGACAAGCCGAAAGUGUAUUUUAAACCACACGGAAGCCACGACGAAGUCGUCUUAAAAGUUGCGAAUUCAAGUGACGGUGAUAUUCAGAAAGCACGCGAUUCGACAAAAGAAAAAGCUGCUCAAAAACUCCUGAGAAAACUAAAGGAUUAUCAAUUUCAAUAUAAGACCCAACCACAUUUUGACAUACAAGACGUGGAUUAUUUUAAGGCCGAUGACGAAGCUCCAGAUGGAGACCAGCAUGACAAAAGCAAAACUCCCCACUGGACAGCUCUUGAUAGGAAAAGAGAUAAAAAUAUUCAUAAUGGCGUAUUCGUACCUCUAUUUGACGUUACGACUGAAAGAUUCGUAUAUGAAAAAACCGUUCAAAGAGGAAACCUAUCGGAUCUAGCCAAAGAGGCCAUCCCAGCGAUUAAAUUUACGGAGCUAGACGCUGAGACAUAUAAAGGUGAUAAUCAAACUGCUGUUGAGGAGAAAAUCGCCAAAUUACGUCAAUGCAUUCAAACAUUAACAAAUAUUGCUUGCAGCCGGUAUUCUUGGCUCUCUGAAUCUGAGAAACAUGCUUUACGGGCUGAAAAACCCGUCAUAUUCAAAAGAGAGCUUGAUAACAAGACAGAAUGUCCCUCGUUGGAUGUUCCACCGAAUGAACCAUGGAAAGAUAAGCUCCGCUGGCACGAUAGAGGCGUCGGCUGGGUUAGAAUGGAAAAGGGACGGAAGGAUAAGGGUUAUGUUGUAAAGGUUGUCCAUUCGAUGUUUGGGUUUGCAAAAUGUGGUGCAACGAUCGAGGAUGCAUUACGAAGGUUGAUUGAUCAUUAUCACUAUACCGAAGUUUCGCUUAGUACCAUUGAUGAACUUGAUGAAUUCAAGAAUAAAGUCAUAUGGAAGGUAAAGAUAUUGGAAUAUAAGGGUUUUGGACAGUGUCGGUUCUUCUUCAAGAAGAAGGGCUUCACGCAAAGACAUGGCAGGGAGGCGACCACGUCCACGCAUUCGAGUCGGAGACAGAACCUCUCUGCCGCAAUGGCCUCGCCAAAUGAUAUGACGGAGGCCACGGUUACUAUUAAAGUCGACCACGAGGUCAAGGGGAUCCAGUACAAGGUGGUUGAGACGAGCAACACUGAGGAAGGGCUUGCAGACAAGGCUACUGAAAGGCUCGCUAAGUUGUUGGGUGACGAUGCAGCUGCUAGGAAACAGGGAAAUGCCUUUGCUUUUGACGAAAGUAUUCCACGUUGGGCGGAAUUUCUUUGCUGGAAACCGCGUUCCAGAGUCAGCCAUACGAGUAGUACUAGUACUAGUAGCACGAGUAAAAGUGUUGCGCGACAGAGCAGCACUGGUACCAGCACUACCAAUGCUAGCAGCACCAGCCAUUCCAGGAGGACGGAGUAA